AAAAAAAAAGAGGAGGAGGAGAGGAGGGAAGGCAGAAGGAAGAGAAGCCUCGCCGGGCGUGGAGUUUUUGAAUCCUCCCUUCCCUGCCUCUCUUCUCUCCCCCCUCCCCUCCUUCCUGCGAUCCGUGAUGUUACAAAGCCUGUGAGCUGUGCUUUCCCCAUUCGCCUCCUGUCACUUCCUUCCUGGACGCUCUCAGGACGAGUCCGCUUACUUUUAAUCCGACCAGCAGCACGGGCACUUGCGCCUGCUGCACGCUUAGGGACACACACCGCCGCCGCCGCCGCCGCCGCUGCCACCAGCGCCACCACAGAGCUCCUGGCGGUUCAUUGGAUUGAUUUUCAAGGUUGUGUGUGUAUGCGCGCGCGGUCGUCUGCGCGCGCGCGCCCGUGUGCAUGUGUGGUUAAACGAGGCUGCGUGUUGGACCAGGUGGGGAACAUCUUACAAGGCUGGAAGAAUUAAAAGCUUUUUCCCCCGUUCCUUCUCCUCCUCUUCCUCCUCCUCCUUCUCCUCCUCCUCCCCCCCUACUCUGUUCAAUCACUUCUCUUUCUCUCUCUUGUUUCUCAAGAAGAGGAAAAAAGAUCUCUCAAGGACUCGCCUGAUCAUCCAAACGUUUGCGAUGAACGGAUGCAGGGGUCUGUGAAUUGAAUUGUGUAAGUGCUGAAGAAGGAGUCUUGGUUUGAGGAAACAGGAAAGAGGAAGGAAAGAGAAGAAGAAAAUACAGAAGUGUAGGAACGAACGAAAGAAGAAAAACGGGGACUAUGGGGAGAAAAAAGAUUCAGAUCACGAGGAUAAUGGAUGAACGUAAUAGGCAGGUGACUUUUACGAAGAGGAAAUUUGGGUUAAUGAAGAAGGCUUAUGAGUUGAGUGUUCUAUGCGACUGUGAAAUUGCUCUCAUAAUCUUCAACAGCACCAAUAAACUUUUCCAGUAUGCCAGCACUGAUAUGGACAAGGUGUUGCUGAAGUAUACAGAAUACAAUGAGCCGCAUGAGAGUCGAACGAAUUCAGAUAUUGUUGAGACGUUGAGAAAGAAAGGACUUAAUGGCUGUGACAGUCCAGAUCCCGAUGCAGAUGAUUCAGUAGGUCACAGCCCUGAGUCUGAGGACAAGUACAGGAAAAUUAAUGAAGAUAUUGAUCUAAUGAUCAGCAGGCAAAGAUUAUGUGCUGUUCCACCACCUAACUUUGAGAUGCCAGUUUCUAUCCCAGUGUCCAACCACAACAGCUUGGUAUACAGCAACCCAGUUAGCUCACUGGGUAACCCCAACCUUUUGCCUCUGGCCCACCCUUCCUUACAGCGGAAUAGCAUGUCUCCUGGGGUGACACACAGACCACCAAGUGCAGGUAACACAGGUGGCCUGAUGGGUGGGGACCUCACAACCGGUGCAGGCACCAGUGCAGGGAAUGGGUAUGGCAACCCACGCAACUCCCCAGGUCUGCUGGUCUCACCUGGCAACUUGAACAAGAAUAUGCAAGCAAAGUCUCCUCCACCCAUGAAUUUGGGAUUGAAUAAUCGUAAACCAGACCUCCGAGUGCUGAUCCCUCCGGGAAGCAAGAAUACAAUGCCAUCUGUGUCUGAGGAUGUUGAUCUGCUUUUGAAUCAAAGGAUAAAUAACUCUCAGUCUGCUCAGUCAUUGGCUACUCCGGUGGUUUCCGUGGCAACUCCUACUUUACCAGGGCAAGGGAUGGGAGGAUACCCAUCAGCCAUUUCAACAACAUAUGGUACCGAGUAUUCGCUAAGUAGUGCAGAUUUGUCAUCAUUGUCUGGCUUUAACACAGCCAGUGCUCUCCACUUGGGUUCAGUAACUGGCUGGCAGCAGCAACAUCUACACAACAUGCCACCAUCUGCCCUCAGUCAAUUGGGAGCUUGCACUAGCACUCAUUUAUCUCAGAAUACAAAUCUCUCCCUGCCUUCUACUCAAAGCCUCAACAUCAAGUCCGAACCUGUUUCUCCUCCUAGAGACCGUACCACCACGCCAUCGAGAUAUCCACAGCAUACGCGCCACGAGGCAGGAAGAUCUCCUGUUGACAGCUUGAGCAGCUGUAGUAGUUCCUACGAUGGAAGCGACAGGGAAGAUCACCGAAAUGAAUUCCACUCUCCCAUUGGACUCACCAGACCUUCGCCGGACGAAAGGGAAAGUCCCUCCGUGAAGCGCAUGCGGCUCUCUGAAGGAUGGGCAACAUGAUAACUUUACUAGCUAUUAGAGGUUUUUUUUUUUUCCUUGCAGUGCGUGUGUGUGCUAUACCUUAAGGGGAAAGAGGGAGGGGGGGUCAAUAUGCAUUAUAUGUGCUGUGUGUGGGGAGGGGGGGAAAGUCAGGUACUCUGUUUUGUAAAAGUACUUUUAAAUUGCCUCAGUGAUACCAUAUUAAAAGAUAAACAGCAAUGCUGAAGAGAUGCUUCGCACUUGAGUUGUACAACAGAUCACGUGUACAAAAUAGGUUUUAAGGUUAACUUCUUUUUACUGUUGUGCUCCCUUGCAAAAUGUAUGUUACAAUAGAUAGUGUCAUGUUGCAGGUUCAACGUUAUUUACAUGUAAAUAGCCAAAAACAGGAAAAAAAAGAAGAGGCAUUUGCCCAAUCCUGGGCAAAUCUUUACUGAGAGAGAAAGUGGCUGUUAUGCAACAAAUAGAAAUUGUACAGAUGUUUUGGGAGACCCAGAAAUCGGGUGAUUAAGGAAAAAAGAAAAGAAGGAAAAUUUUAGCUCACUUAACAACAGGGUCUCCAACCUUGGCAACUUUAAGACUGGCUGAGGGACUCUGGGAGUUGAAGUCCACAAGUCUUAAAGUUGUCAAGGUUGGAGACCCUUGAUUUAGUGUAUCUGAAAAUGCUCACAAAUGUGUUGGCAUAUUGUAUGAGUAUGGCACUCAGUUAAACGGAUCAAAAUCAUUUAAAAGAGGACCAUACUUGUGGGGAAAAAAAAUGUUUUGGGGUUUUUUUUUUUUUUUUUUUUUUAGUGUGAGGGCUAACCUAUUUAAUUUUUUUAAAAUUCUGGGUCUGGAUCACUUAUUAAAUAAAAAUAUUAAAAAAUAUGUAAAUUACAUUUUCCUUAUUUUCAUAUUAAAAAGUAAGACAGAGUUUGCAAAGCAUUGUGGCUUUUUGUAGUUUACAUAAGCCAAAAUGUGUUCUCCCCUCUUCAUAGCUUUGCCAAUAUUUUAAACAGCCCUGAAGGAAACAAAGGGGGAUUUUUUGUAUAGAAAGCACUACCCUAAGCCAUGAAGAACUCCAUGCUUUGCUAACCAAGGUAAUUGUUUUCUCUUUGCAGAAAUUUUGUUUUUGAAAUGUGUAUUUCUAAUUAUAUAAAAUAUUAAGAAUCUUUUAAAAAUCUGUGAAAUUAACAUGCUUGUGUAUAGCUUUCUAAUAUAUAUAAUAAUUAUGGUAAUAGCAGAAGUUUUUGUUAUCUUAAUAGUGGGGGAAUUAUAUUUGUGCAGUUGCACAUUUAAGUAACUAUUUUUUCCUUUUAGUUUUUCUUCUAAUCAGAAUACAUUUUACAGAAUCAGUCAGCUGUCGGAGGCUAAUCUGCAAACGAUUAGGAUUUUCCCUUCCUAAAGCAGCCCAUAUCAUUCUAAUACAUCUGUAGUCAAUUUUGCAUCUUCGGUAGUUUCAUCAUAUAUUUGAAAUGUUCUUCUUACCUUAUUUAUGUUUUGCGUAUCUUGAGGCUUUCUGCCCCUUAGAUCACAAUGUGGCUCAACUUUGUCUUGUUUCUAAACAUUCGAUAAAACUAGCAAUCGUUUGGCUGUAAGAAGUAACUGAGAAAGCUUUCACAAUCCCAAACAAAAUGGAAAUCUGGGGUAGCGCUAAAUUGAACAUAAUUUUAAAAUCCAUAACAAUUACCCCAAAUUUGGUAUCCUGGCUGCAUAUAUUAUGCCCAAAAUUCAGUAGGUUAUCUCAGAACUACAGGCAGAUUCAGGUUCAAAUGUGAUCAAGGAAAAGUGGCCUAAAUAGCCCUUCCAACUCUGUAAUUCUUUACUUUUUGUACUCUUUCAUACAGAGUAAUUGAGGACAGGAAUAGCAGCAAAAGGUCACUGUUCUAACUUCAAUCUGGCUAUAAAUGUUGAGUUGUUUAUGUCCAAGAAUGAAUUUAUACAUGCAUUACAUUACUUAUAAUACCGUCAUGUACAGGUAUACUGCAAAAUAAAUCCAAUAAGGUCAAAGGGAUUUGUUUCCAGAUGACUGAAUAUAGGUUUACUCAGUAUUUUGCUAUGCAACACUGGAUGACUUGUGGCUGAAUGUAUGGACCACUGAAAAGUGUUGGGCUUAUUUUGACAUCUGUAUUUAGUUGUGUGAUGGUUAAAAUGUGAAGCAUGUGCAUCAUGUUGAGUAACUAGAGCUGAAUUCCACAGUUCCAUUCAAAUAUGGUGGCUGCUGUAUUUUAUUUGAGCAAUCAGCUCUGCUAUAAAAAUUGGCUAUUAUAAUUUUCUAACUUAAAUGGUUUGGUCUCCGCAGAACAACAUCCAUUCUGUUCUACUUUUCUCUUAUUGGAGAAAGUGAACACUAUCCGUAAUUCCUACCCAUAGUUUUAAUUAAGAAUAAUAUCAGAAUAAAAUUAUGCCUGAACAGGGUAUCUAAUUUAUCUUUGACAUUAGCACAUAUUAUUUAUAAUUUAGCAGGCAUAAAAAUGCAUGAAAGCUAUGUCAUUUGCUUUAAAUACUUCCUUCCUUCACACAUACUGAGAUUGAUUCUUGAAAGGAAAGGAUUUUUUUCCCCCAUACUAAAUAAUGUGUGAAAGGUAUAUCUGGAUUCCCAGUGCUGUAGGAGAAUCCCUUUGUAUAUGACUAAGUUUAUUGUAUUCUUUAUAAUUGUUUUAUAUUUCUUGGAGCUUUAAGAUUUGUCAUGCAAAUUAGGUCUUGGUGGUCCACCCUGCUGAGCUGAGCGAGCGACUGAGUAAACGCUACAAGUGAUGUAGCUUAUUUUCUUUCUUAGGACAGGAAGGCAGGGUAGAAAUAUAGGAUGGAAGAAAUACGAGUGAUUUCUAGCAUGUUAGAGUCAAAGCACAGCUUAUGAUGCAGCUCUUUGAACUGCUCAUUUUGAUACAGUAUUAAUAUAAAGCAGAGUGAAAAAACUGGAGGGAUGUUCACUCUUUACCACUUAAUCCCAGUUGCUGAUUAAUUUGUGAUACCUUUCCAGAGUCAUGAACAAGCAUUAGCAAACCAACUGACUUUGGCAAAUGUUAAUGGAGACAAGAAUACAAGUUGCGAAAACUCUGUUUGAUUAAGGAUACCAACCAAAUAUAGAUGUAAGGCUUUGUUCACUUUUAACAACAUCAGUAAUAAUGAUACCACAUUAUCUAUAUCACAGCUGUAGUAUCAUAGCUUAUGAUUCCAUGCUGGCUCAGCAGUUGCUUUUUCUUAUCCUAAGCAUUUCUUGACUAGCCCAGAAAGUCUUGGGAGUAUGCUGAAGCCAUAUCAUUUGCAUGUAUGUUCUAGAUAACAGAAAAACUGCUUUGAUAAUGCAUUAAUUCCACCAUUGAUACACGUGCAUUAAAGGAAGUGAGAAUGAGGCCAAUGUUUGAUUUUCCUAACUUCAAUCAGGGUUUCAAAUGAUUUUCUUCACUUUAAUAUUUACCACCACUUGAGAACAUUCAUCUUCAACAGGAAUUAAAUAUGCAAUAUGUAUGUGGCCAUUUUAUAAAAAAAAAAAAGGAAAAAGAAAGAAAUAAUAUUUGGCUUACCAGUAUGGUUGUAAGUCAUUUAUCAAUAUGGGUGGGUGAGAGUGACAGCCAUGCACAUAUACACGUAAAAUUAUUCUUGAGCCUAUAGAAUUGAGGGGUUCUGUGCACGUGAACCAGUGGAAAUAAGCUCCUCCCACUCAGCCAGGCAAUUGAAUUGAAUUGUGCAAGAAUGGAUAUUAGUAUUUCUUCCUUUUUCCACUAUUGAGCUAAACUAAAAUAUAGAGGCACAAAUCCUAGGGUUAACUGAACAUUGUAAGUGGAUUUAAUUAAUAAAGAAGCACAAUGUUUAAUGGUGAUGUUACUUUCUAAAAGCUUUAGCAGUCAAUCCUUAACUAUUCUUUUUAUCUAUACCUUAACAAUUUUUGGUAAAACUACAAUGGAGGGACUUAUGGUAUGAUUCUUUUGUAUUUAAGCAGUUUUGGGGCAGUGCCUCAUAAAAGGAUUGAGACUUUCUUCACCCUGGACAGAACAAAAUUAAAGGCAACAUGCAAUAGCCAAAAGAAUGUCUUCUCCCCUUAAACUGAUAUUUAUUUUGGAAAUAGCUUAUUAUGAAACAAAAAUUAUGAAAAAUUAUGAAAAAAAGCCUGUUUUCUGAUUACAGUAUAUGAUAUACACCACCCUUUCCAAAUCUAGUGCCUUUUUAAUAUAGUGUCACAGUAAAAUUCCUACCCAAAAAGGAACUAGGCAUUGGCCAUAUUUUAGGUGGGCAAGAUCAGAUUUUUAAUCCAUACAGUAUAUGAAAAACACUAGGUUGGGGAAAGCUAAUAGAGCACACCUUUAUAUAUUGUAUGCAUUGAUGCCUUUCUCAGAAAAGGAGAUUUUAAAAAUCAUUUUAGUGCUUUAUCAACGGGUGUUAUUUUUCUUCUUCUUCUUCUUCUUCUUCUUCUUCUUCUUCUUCUUCUUCUUUUCUUCUUCUUCUUCUUCUUCUUCUUCUUCUCCUUCUCCUCCUUCCUCCUUCUCCUUCUCCUUCUCCUUCUCCUUCUCCUUCUUCUUCUUUUUUUUGGUAACCAAAUGGUUUCUAUUUUUCCCAGGAGUGGAAUUUAACAUUUUUAAUAAUACAGUGAUAUCUGCUGUUUCUCAGAGGGUUUUUUCCCAAACAAGGCUAAAAUGCAAGAAUAAAACAACUGCUAUGCUGUUUUCAAGAAUGUCAAGAACCCCUUUUUGUAUUGUUUGACUUUGUCUUAGCUUUUACCCAUCUUCCUCAUAGAUGCAACAGUGUGGUUUGGUUUGAUUUGGUUUUCUUUCUUUCCUGCUGCCUCUAGAAGGCAAAUACUUUGCCUUUAUGUCCCAAAAUGCCACUUGAAACCUCAAUAAAUGCUAUUGCCUAAACCCAGCAUAUUCCUCUGCUCCCAUUUUAUGCCAUCUGCAGUUAACAUCUGUGGCCUCCAUUUCUUGACACCCUGAGUUCCUCAAAUGGCUGGUGGAACAUUGGUGUUAGUUGAGAAGACCUCAUUCCCAAACUAGUAACAGGAUUUUGUGAACAUAUUCUAACCAAAGAUGUGGAGCAAUCCAAGUGUAGAAUUGCACCCUUUGUAUCAAAUUCUCUGCAUCACGAUGGGCAUAAUCAUGUUGUUUAGUUUUGCUGUCUCUGCUUGUACCUCAAACUGGCCCAUACUUCAAUUUUAUUCAAAGAUGUCAGCUCAGUGGUAAAAGAAACUCACUUAACCUAAAAAUAUUUGACUUGGAUUGCUUCAGAUGAUUUGCUUUUGCUUUAUUUUAUUUUAAUCCUGGGAAUUUGCUUUAAUUAAAUCAGUGAUAUUCUCCUGCUGAUGGGCACAUAAAAGCGUUUUGCAAGAAAUAUUAAGCUUAAAGGCUCACAGCGGCAUAAGCUGGACUUUGUCGCCACUAGAUGACAAGAUACUAUAACAAAUUUAAAAAUCACACCUGUGUAUCUCAAGAGAUUUAAUCAGCUGUCUGUAGUGAACAAUAAAUAAAUUAAUGGGCAAAAAAAUCAGAAGUUCUUCCUGCUGGACAUAAGGUAUAAUUUGUAUUUUGCAGCCAAAUCAGUAAAAUUACUGGCUUUCUUAGUGA